AUGUUUGAAUUGUUCCUAGAAAAUGAUAAUCAUCAUUCAAUGCAAAGAACAUUAAUGAGUCAUGAACAUUUGAGAUGUAUAACACAGCAGUGGCCAAUUACUUCAUUGAUGAAUUGUCUGAUAAAUCGUCUUUCAUUAUCCGUAGUGACAAAUGAGCCGAGUAAAACUGGAGCAACCUUAGAAUCAAUACAUAGACAGUCAUUGUAUAAUAAUAAUAAUACUGAUUAUAUUCAUUCAUUUUAUUGUGCAAAACGAUUAUGUCUAUUGAAUUUAUGUCGUUUAAUUAUUAAUUUAGAUGCUAAUAUGUAUUUAUCUGCAGCUGAACAAGUAUUUUAUACUAUGUCAGAUUAUAAUAACGAUGAUGAUGAUCCCGAUCAUAAGAGUAAUAUUGAUCAUCAAUUAUUUAUACAUAAUGAUGAGUUAGAAACUAAAGUGUCAACAUCAACAUCACCAUUAUCCAUGUCUACAUCACAAAUAUCAUUAUCAACAUUAGAUAAUGAUUAUUUAUUUUGGCAUAAAAUUACACGAAAGUGUUUAAAUUAUACGGAACGUUUAAAAUUUUGGGAAUACUUAUCAUUUAAUCAUAAUAAAGUGAUAGGUAAUAGUGAUAACAGUACUGAAGGCAAAUGUGAACUCAUUCAAACUUCAUUUGAAAAAAAUUCAUCUAAACUUUUAAUUGAUUCUUCUACAUCAUAUGAUAUUACUCGAACACAAACACAAAAUUUAAGUAAUACUGAAGAUAAUCAAAUUAAAGCAGCAGAAAUUCAAUCUAAUCACUGUCAAUCAUUGUCAUCAUUAUCAUCAUCUACAUCGAAACAACAACACCAACAAAAAGAACAAUUGUCAAGUAAUGAAGGCUACCAAUUGAACACGAUUGAAUCUAUAAAGUAUCCAAUGGUUAUUUCAGAUUCCGGUGUAAGUAUAUCAUCUUUACCGGUUAGUAGUGUUGAUCUAAUAAAUGUAGAAAAGGAUGUAUGUCAUAUAUGUGAAGAUAAUGAAUCCAUUCCUACAAAACAUAUUCAAGAAGAAUUAAAUAAUUUCAUUGAAACUGAUUAUACUACUAAUAAAUAUAUAUUAAAUUGUGUUCAAUUACGUAUUGAACAAAAUAGUAUAUUUUCUAAACAUUUAAUUCAUUGUUUAAAUCUUGUUUGGUAUAGACAUUUUCCAAUUGAAUUAUUAUCAAAGUUUAUUUCAAAGAUAAGCUGA